GUCAGCCAUUUUUUUUUCACAAGCAAGAAAAAACGUAGUUUGGUACGUAAGAAAUACGAAUUUGCAAUAGAAAAAUAAAAUAUUAUUUGUUAAUAUUACAAAGCAAGAGAUUGUAAAGUUUAUAGUGAACUAAAAUAAAAAUGAACGAAAUCUUAAAAGAAGACGAUCAAGACUAUAAAAGAUCUAAAAAAUCGGUCUCACGUUCCAAGUCGGUAGACCGUGAACGUGAAAAAGAUCGAGGAAGAGAUCGUGAUAAAGAUAAAAAACGAAGGGACCGUAGCAGAAGUCGUGAUAAAGACCGAGAACGUAACCGAGAACUCGAACGUGACCACCACAGCAGUCACGAUCGCGAUGGCGACCGGGAACGCCAUCGAGAAAGUCGCGAUCGUGAUUCUGAACGUGAACGUCGGAGAAAAGCUGAAAAAGACAAAGAAAGGGAAAGAGAGCGUCAACGUGAUCGCGAGCGUGAGCGUGAACGUUACGAACGAGAUCGCGAAAGGGAUCGCGAGAGGGAACGUGAUCGUGAUCGCGAUCGUGGACGUGAACGCGAUAAGGAUCGUGAACGGGAGAAAGAACGUGAGCAGGAUCUUGAAAAACGAAGAAGCCGAUCGAAAACAUACGAUCGUGAGCGUGAUCGUGACUACGGUCGCAAAAGGAGUCGUAGUCGGAAUCGCAGGCACUCUAGCAAAUCAAGGAGUCGGAGUCGCGAUCGCGGAAGCAGUCGACGUUUUGAUAGAGAACGUGAUGAUAGAGGUAGUCAUCGUGACCGAAGAGAUCGCGGUAGCACGAGUGAUCGUGAUCGUGAUCGCUAUGACAGAGUCUCCAAAAUGGACUCGAUUAAAGAAGAAACCAGAGAAUCCAGAUUUGACUUGACUCAGACUAUUCAAGAGCUAAUGAAUAGCACGACUUCAACUAAAAAUUUUGCAGCCCUGUUUAGUUGUACAAACAGUAAUGACUCGUUGAGUAAUGGACCUUCGGAACAUUCAAUGGAUGGAAGUAAAAAACAAAAAAGAAAAUCACGUUGGGGAGGAACCGAAAAUGACAAAACCUUUAUCCCAGGAAUGCCUACAAUUUUGCCAUCAACUUUGGAUCCGACACAGCAGGAAGCAUAUUUAGUUCAACUACAAAUCGAAGAGAUAAGCCGAAAACUAAGGACCGGAGAAUUGGGAAUACCACAAACUCCAGAAGAAAGAUCUCCAUCGCCCGAACCUAUUUACAGUUCUGAUGGCAAACGGUUGAAUACCAGAGAAUUUCGUUUUCGAAAACGUUUGGAAGAACAGCGUCAUCAACUUAUAAUGCGUAUGCAGAGCGUCAAUCCAGACUUUAAACCGCCGGCUGAUUACAAGCCACCAGUCAUUCGAGUAAGUGAUAAGGUACUUAUACCACAAGAACAGCACCCAGAUAUCAAUUUUGUUGGCCUUCUGAUUGGUCCGCGUGGUAACACACUCAAAGCAAUGGAAAAGGAAACGGGUGCCAAGAUCAUUAUUCGUGGAAAAGGAUCUGUUAAGGAGGGUAAAGUUGGAAGAAAAGACGGCCAACCUUUGCCUGGUGAAGAUGAACCUUUGCAUGCAUUUAUAACUGCUUCAAAUCCUGAGGCAGUUAAAAAAGCAGUUGAUAAAAUUAAAGACGUAAUACGCCAGGGAAUUGAGGUUCCAGAGGGGCACAAUGAUCUUCGUCGGAUGCAAUUACGUGAGUUGGCACAACUUAAUGGUACUUUGCGUGAAACUGAUUGCCCUCGGUGCACAAAUUGUGGUUCAACCGAACAUAAAAGUUGGCUUUGUCCAGACAAACCGAACGUCACAAAUAGUAUUGUGUGUUCUUCGUGUGGAGGAGCUGGUCAUAUAUCCAAAGAUUGUAGAAGUAAGCGCCCAGGACAAGGUGGACCACCAUCCGAUGAUUCUCAAGCUAAAAUCGAUGAAGAAUAUAUGAGCUUGAUGGCUGAGCUUGGUGAGGGUCCGCCACCACAACAAAAAAGUGCGUCGGAUCCAUUGGCCCAAGCACAUUUGAAUCGAGGUUAUAGUCUUUUCGAUACCAAGCCAUCUCAACCCAAAGCUAUUGCUGCACCACCACCAAUGAUGUCUCAACCACAAGUGCAACCGCCUCCGAUGGCUCCUCCACCAUCGUGGAUUACAAAUGGCUCUAUGCCUCUUCCACCCUUGAUGCAGCCCCCUCCAGUGUCCCAGCCUCUACCGCCUGUUCCCCCACCACCACCACCAAUGAUGCCAUGGAUACCACCAAUACAACCUCCACCACCAGGUGGUGAAACUGGAAAUCCUCCAAUUCCUGGAAGCACUCCACUUCCUCCACCUCCUCCGGGUACCGGUCCAAUGCCAUCACUUUUGCCUCCCCCACCAGGAACAUCGAAUACGCCGCUUCCAUCUUGGGGUGCUCCACCGCCUCCAGGCAUUAUGCCACCAUUCGGAUGGGGUCAGGGCGGAGGGGGUGGUUAUUUGCCACCACCACCGCCAGGUGCUGCUCCACCACCACCUCCAUGUGCCCCGCCCCCGGCAUUGCCACCAGGAGUGCCCGGACUUGUACAUCCUCCACCUCCACCACCCCCUUCGAAUUGAACAUUGUUUUACCCUUAAAUUUUAUCCCAAGAUGAUAGUUAUGAAUUUGUCUUCUCUAUUUCAGGUUAAAUUCACAAUAUAAUUUAAUAAUAAAAAUACUUAUGUAUCAACAAAUAUGAUAUUAAAGGAAAUUACAUUGCGUAGAGAAUGUCAUAA